AUGUCUACAAGCUCAAUCUCAAAUGCCGCAGGCGGCAGCGGCAGCAGCAGCAGCGGUAGCGUGCUCCUGGUCAACGGCAAGAUCUUCCAGGCCUCGGCGGCGACGGCGGCGGACAGCGACCAGAGCCAAGGGCCGCCGCGAUUCCAGCCGUGCAUGCUGGUGCAGGACGGCAUCAUCACGCACGUGGGCGCCGCGACGGAUGCGCCCAUCGUCGCGGCGCAGCAGGCCGAACCGUCGCUCACGACGCGGGACCUGGGCGGCCGCACCGUGAUCCCAGGCUGCAUCGACGGACACCUGCACACGCUGACCAUGGGCCAGACGCUGACCAAGGUGGCGCUGGACGGGUGCAAGAACUUGGAGGAAAUACGGGACAGGGUGUCGCGGCACGCGCGCGAGAACCCGGACCUCAAGCGCAUCAUGGCCAGCGGCUGGAUGUUCAGCAUGACGCCCGACGGCGUCCACCACAGCAUGCUGGACGACAUCGACCCCAGGCCCAUCUACGUCGACAGCAAGGACCUGCACCACGCGUGGCUCAACGCCGCCGCCAUCGCCGACCUAGGCUGUGAGGCCAGGCCGGAUCCCGAGGGCGGCAAGAUCUCGCGCGACGACAAGGGCGCCUGCACGGGCGAGCUGGCCGAGGCCGCCGUCUUCACCAUCGUCUGGCCGCACCUGGCCGCCGUCGCCAGCUUCGAGGAGCGCGUGGCCGCCGUCUCGGGCGCCGUCGACGCCUACCACGCCGCCGGCUACACGGGCAUGAUCGACAUGGCCAUGGACCAGAUGGCCUGGGAGGCCAUCCUCGAGGUGCGCCGCCGCCGCAUCGCCGCCCACGGCAGCUUCGGCAUGCGCGUCGCCGCCUACUGGCUCAUCAUCCCGGCCAAGACCGAGGCCGAGCACCUGGCCCAGGUCGACGUCGCCAUCGCCAUGGCGGCCAAGUACAGCAAGGACACGACGCCGGACUGCCGCAUCGUCGGCAUCAAGGUCGUGUGCGACGGCAUCAUCGACGCCUGCACCGCCUCGCUGCGGGAACCCUACACCUCCAACGCCGCGGACCCGGCCUCCAUCUGGAGCCGGGAGCAGCUCGCACCCGUCGUGGCCAAGGCCGACGCCGCGAACCUGCAGGUCGCGCUGCACGCCAUCGGCGACCGCACCGUCGAGAUGGUGCUGGACGUGAUCGAGGCCCACUGCCGACCGUCGCUGCGGCCGCGCGUCGAGCACCUCGAGCUGACCAGCGAGGCCGACGCCGCGCGCCUGGGCCGGCUAGGCGUGACGGCGAGCGUGCAGCCCGUGCACUCGGACCCGUCGAUCCUGCGCGCUUGGCCGAAGCUGCUGGGCCAGCACCGGUGCGGCCGCGCCUUUGCCUACAGCGAGUUCGCGGCCGGCGGCGCGCCGCUGGCCCUGGGGUCCGACGCCCCCACCGCACCCAACCACCCGCUGCAGAACCUCUACGUCGCCACCACGCGCCGCUCCGCCAGGGAGCCCGAGCUGCCCGACGCCUUCAACCCGCACUUCCGGCUGGGGCUGUGCCAGGCCGUGACCGCCGCGGGGGCGGGCGCCGCCUACAGCUGCUUCAUAGACGGGGAGACGGGGAGGCUGGACGUCGGCAUGCGGGCCGACUUUGUCGUCGUCGAUAUGGAGUGGGCUCCGGAGCGGUUGCUCGGGGCCAAGAUACUCGAGACCUGGUUUGGUGGGCGCAAGGUCUUUGAGGCUUGA